CAGAGCUGACGGUGUAAGCGAGAGCUCGCUCGAGACAGGAAGGACUGCUGAGCACUGAAUGCUAACAAGGGGGAGAGAGAGUAACGUUACAUGUCCACGGCGAGCGGAAAGGUGGGGGGUUCAACAGCGAGAUAUGGAGAAAUACAAUUAACCUGCAAUGUGCCAACGCCAAAUUCACGCCGAUCAUAACCAUCCUCACCACCGAACAUCAUCCUCAUCAUCACCACCACCAACAGCGCGACCGUCCUCGUCUAUUUUCUCCUAAGUGAAAUGUAUCGGGACUGCACGGGAUCUUUUUUCUGACAAUGGAGAUUGAGAAUAUCGUGGCCAACACCGUGCUGCUGAAGGCGAGGGAAGGAGGAGGAGGGAAACGGAAUGGGCGGAGCAAGAAAUGGAAGGAGAUGCUCAAACUGCCUCAUAUCAGUCAGUGUGAGGAACUUAGACGCACUAUUGAGAGGGAUUACACUAGCCUUUGUGAAAAGCAACCAAUCGGUCGUCUGUUGUUUCGGCAGUUCUGUGACACUCAGCCCAAAUUACAACGGUGCAUAGAGUUCCAGGAUUCUGUGGCAAUAUAUCAGUUGGCUGCGGAUGAGAAGAGGAGAGACGUCGGUUUAAAUAUUUUAGACACAUAUUUUAUUAAUGGGUCAGCAGCUCAUCUACCAGAGAUCGCUCAGGAUGUUGUUGGGGAAUGCAGGCAGAAACUAGAACAGACUCCAUGUAGAGAGCUGUUCCAGGAGUGUACCAGGAUAGUUCGUGAAUAUUUAAGUGGAGGUCCAUUCUCAGCAUAUCAGGAGACAAUGUACUUUUCCCGUUUUCUUCAAUGGAAGUGGAUGGAGAGGCAACCAGUAACCAAAAACACAUUUAGACACUACAGGGUAUUGGGCAAGGGCGGAUUUGGUGAGGUUUGUGCCUGCCAGGUUCGUGCCACUGGUAAGAUGUACGCCUGUAAAAAGCUGGAGAAGAAACGGGUGAAGAAAAGAAAAGGUGAAGCAAUGGCAUUAAAUGAAAAACGCAUUUUAGAAAAAGUUAACAGUAGUUUUGUAGUUUGUUUGGCAUAUGCAUAUGAGACUAAGGACGCUCUAUGUUUAGUGUUGACUAUAAUGAAUGGCGGUGACUUGAAGUUUCAUAUCUAUAACAUGGGAAACUCUGGUUUUGAUGAACAGCGUGCCAUCUUUUAUGCAGCAGAGAUCUGCUGUGGCUUAGAGGACCUGCAUCGAGAGAGGAUCGUCUACAGAGACUUGAAACCUGAGAAUAUUCUCCUAGAUGACCGUGGGCACAUCCGUAUUUCUGACCUGGGACUGGCCGUCCAAAUUCCAGAGGCUGAGACGAUACGAGGGCGUGUUGGCACGGUGGGAUACAUGGCACCAGAGGUCAUUCAGAAUGAGAGCUACACCUUCUGUCCCGACUGGUGGGGUUUGGGAUGCCUAAUAUACGAAAUGAUUCAGGGUCAGUCUCCUUUCCGUCGCCGCAAAGAGCGAGUGAAGAGAGAGGAGGUGGACCGUCGUGUAUGUGAGGACCAGGAAGAAUACACUGAAAAGUUCGCUGAAGAAGCUAAAGACAUUUGCCGACAGUUGCUAUGUAAAGAUCCAAAGGAGCGGUUGGGGUGUCGAGGUAACGGAGGGGCCGAAGUCAAACUGCAUCCCAUUUUCCGCAACAUCAAUUUCAAGCGAUUGGAAGCCAACAUGCUAGACCCACCGUUCUGUCCUGAUCCACGUGCGGUGUACUGCAAGGAUGUUCUGGACAUAGAGCAGUUUUCUACAGUCAAAGGUGUAAAUCUGGACCCUACAGAUGAUGACUUCUACCACAAGUUUGUAACAGGAAGUGUCUCCAUCCCAUGGCAAAAUGAGAUGAUUGAGAUGGAGUGCUUUAAGGAGAUUAAUGUGUUCGAGAUGGAUGGUGCACUGUGUUCUGAUCUGGAUGUAAACAGGCCAAAUCCACCGCCCAAGCGAGGAUUCUUCUACCGGUUAUUCCGACGAGAGGCAAGUUCUAGCGUGCCGCCCGCUGUGGUCAGAGGGGGUGGGGCUUGAGGUUUGUUUUAGGAGUGCUAGCAAUGAGGAGGAGGAGCCAUCUUGACUUAAAACCACUCCCACUUCCCAUCAGCUGCCAAUCAGAAUGCUAAACGUAUGAAUGUUCAACUGUAUUUAUGAACUGUAUUAAACUGUAUCAUAAUUAAAGAAAAGGGUAUGAGUUUAAAGAA